CUGGGAAAACGAGAUGGCCGUCGCAACCCGUGCGCUCCGGGGCACAAAUGGGGGCAGUCGGUUGAAAUCGCAGGGCCGCAUUAGCCCGUCUCCGCUCCUCUCGACCCCAGUGCAGAUCCCCGGGCGCCACCCGGGAGGACGCGAGUGGGACGAGCGAGAUGAGGCGGGCGGCGACCCCGCUGGGCUCGGCGAACCCAGCCGGCCAACGGACUCCGUCCGGACCUCCCAGCAGUCAGGCGAGACCACCCGCUGAAUUUAAGCAUAUUACUAAGCGGAGGAAAA